CUCAUUUAAUUUUUUUUCUCUCAUUAGGCAAGAAAUUAUGAAAUGGAAUGGAUGGGGAUAUAAUGAUUCCAAGUUCUUCUUCAAUAAAAAGGGGCAAGCUGAAUUGACUGGGAAAAGGUAUCCUCUUAGUGGCAUGGUUUUACCAACUCUUAGAGAAUGGAUCCAAAAUACCCUUGGAGUAACUCUGGAGCAUAAAACUACCUCUAAAGCAUCUUUAAAUCCUAGUGAUACACCUCCUUCUAUUGUAAAUGAAGAUUUUCUUCAUGAACUUAAAGAAACCAAUAUUUCAUAUUCACAGGAAGCAGAAGAUCGAGUAUUUAGAGCUCAUGGUCAUUGUCUUCAUGAGAUAUUUUUGCUCAGGGAAGGAAUGUUUCAGCGAAUUCCUGAUAUAGUUUUAUGGCCAACAUGUCAUGAUGAUGUAGUUAAGAUUGUGAAUCUAGCGUGCAAAUAUAACCUUUGUAUCAUACCAAUUGGUGGAGGAACAAGUGUUUCAUAUGGCCUGAUGUGUCCUGCGGAUGAGACACGAACAAUUAUUUCUUUGGACACUUCACAAAUGAAUCGAAUCCUUUGGGUUGAUGAGAACAACCUGACAGCUCAUGUAGAGGCUGGCAUAACAGGACAAGAGUUGGAAAGACAGGUAUGUUAUUUCUUUAAGAUUUUUAAAUGGCUGUGUCCCUCUGAAUGAAGUACCUUUCACAAAACACUUUUCACUCACCAAAUCUGUUCAGUUUCUGUUGUAGGUCAGGCAUUGAACGAAACGCUAAGGACACAGUAGUGAUUGAGACACUACUCUCUACCCUUAGGUAGCUUAUAUUAAGGCAGAAAGUUAGAUACAUAUUAGAAAAUUGGUGAUUCAGAGUUAGAAAUGCUAUAUGGAGGCUACAUGAGUCAUCAGAAUGGGCCACAUGGGAAGGAAUUGAACAAGAAGAUAUCAUAGAAGAUGUGAUGUUUAAAAAUGAGACUUCAGAAUGCAUCACAGUUAACCAAAACCGGAGAUGAGGUGGGAAGAACAGUCAGAGGAAAGAGUGUGUGCAGAGGUAUUGCCAUAGCUGCUGCUUUUGGGGAACUGCAGAUACCUAUGAAUGGCUGAAGUCUAGUAUGGGUGUUGGGAGAAUACGCAUUCUUGUUGUUUUGUACAUUGCCCUGGAUUGGGCAUAUUGAUGGUAAAGGAUGAAGCCAGGAAAGCAUGAAGAGUUUAGAUCUAAAAGGGCCUUAUAAAGUUCCUUGUAGAAGGUUAAAUUUUACCUUUAUCCUUAGCUAGUUCUUGGCUAUGACUGGUGUGUGUUAGGGCCGGUUGACUGCUGCAGUAAUUUAGGCAAGGACCGAUUGGGAUCUGAACUGAAGUACUGGGAGCAGAAUGGAACAA